AAGCCCAAAGAGGGUCACCGAUUCCUUCGCUACCUCCAUAAAAACCUCCUUUAUUUUCCGACCCCAUCAAAAUAUAUUCCAACCCAAUAAAUCAAAUUAAAUAAAAAUAAAAAAAAAAUUAUAAAAAGAGAAAAGACUAUCUACCUUCUCUUCGUCUCCGACUUCACUUCUACGCAGUCUUCUUCUCCCUCAUUUUCUCUCUCCUCUUUUUCUUCUUCAGUUCUUCAUCCAAUCAUCACCAUGGCCAAUGCAGCUUCUGGAAUGGCUGUGCACGAUGAUUGCAAGCUGAGGUUUUUGGAGCUGAAAGCAAAGCGCAGUCACCGUUUCAUUGUUUUUAAGAUCGAGGAGAAGCAAAAGGAAGUAAUUGUUGAGAAGGUGGGAGAGCCAACUGAAAGCUAUGAAGAAUUCAGUGCGGCUCUUCCUGCUGAUGAAUGCCGCUAUGCUGUGUAUGAUUUUGAUUUCGUAACAGAGGAGAAUUGCCAGAAAAGCAAGAUCUUUUUUAUUGCAUGGUCUCCUGACACAGCAAGGGUGAGGAGCAAGAUGAUUUAUGCAAGUUCAAAGGAUAGAUUCAAGAGAGAGUUGGAUGGCAUUCAGGUGGAGCUGCAGGCAACUGAUCCCACUGAGAUGGGCCUUGAUGUUUUCAAUAGCCGAGCUCGCUAAGUUCAACAGGCUAGUUAUGCAGAUGCUUUUUUUUUUCCAUGCGCACUCUUUUUAACUUGAAAAGGAAGUGACGUUAAUAGUUUGUUGAUGGUGGAUGCUGGAUGUUAUAUAUUAAGUUGUCCCAAGUUUGACCUUGAGAUCUUGUGCCUAUAUAGGUGACAUUCACAUUUAUAUUGUUGGUGAUAAUUCAAUUUGUCGAAUGAUUUCUGGUAUAGUGUGGUUCAAUAUGCUUAGUAUGUAUAAUUUGUGGGGGUGUGCAGCACAUUUUGCGCUGUCAUUUGAAAUGAAGGUUACUGAAUUUGGCUGUAGUUCUUGGUGUCAUGGUUAUUCUUCAAUGAACGAUGAGCUUAGAUCUCAUGUUACUUUGGA